AUGGCGACUUCAAACAAAGAGCCCGAACUCGCCGAUAGCCUCGAAUCGACACCGAAAAACUCGAAUUCGGAUAGGCACAAAUUCCAAGAAACUGGAGGUGGUCGCUGCUUCAAACGGCGAUUGACAAUGUGGUGGUUAUUUGGGCUUUUUAUAUGGCUGGACGGUGGAAGAGAUGGUUGUUUAAUGGAAGUACAAGUAAUGAAGCGAAAGUUACCCUCGGAAGCAGCACUUCAACCGGCGGUUCAGCAACCGACCGAGAAAAUCCUCCCGCCAGUGGUGACGAAGCAACUCCGGUCGAAGCUACAUCGCCGGCGGAGAUCACGUAUCACUCCGAUAAUUCUAUGUUCCUUAUCUAAUAUUGCUGGUUCGUCGCACUUGAUCAGCGAACUCUCACGUGAAUCGAGCAAAAGUUCUGUGAAUAAGGAAACGGCAGUGAAGAAGCGACGAAGCACCGAUGCUGAAGUGGAAUUAUCGGAGUGCUCUUGUGUUGAGUCAUCAGAGAUAUCUAGUUUUCAGACAAUUUCCAGUAAAAUCACGAAAACUGAUCAAAAUUCAGUGCAUAUCUCUCACGAUAUCGUCUCAAAACAGAAGCGAAAUGUAAAAGAUAUUGAAGAAACUGAGGAUUCUAAUGAAGCUUCUGGUGAUUUUUGCAGUAAAAGCUCUAAAAAUGCUGAGAAAAUCAAAGACGACGAUGUUGUUUCGUUCAAUUCUGUGUUACAAUCGCCUUCUGAGUCAAAAUCUGGAAAAUUAUCAGUUCAAACAACCAAAUGUAGUGAAAACAGAGCAACGGAAGAUGUGAAGUAUUCUGAAGUUUCACGAGUCUGUCCAGAGGUAGAAUCUGCUAUAGGACAUGCACAUGAGAAGCUCGUUGGAGCCGAUUUUGAUCUGGAAUGUUCUGAACAUUUGUCAAACAGUGAUAUUUCCGAUGAUUAUUCUUCAUCAACUUACUCUGAACUCCAGUCGGAGAUUUUCCCGGAGAGUUCCGAUAUAGAUCUGAUCGCCGAUUAUAGUUCAUCCGAUUGGUACGAUUCUGGAAGCCAGUUCUCCGAGAAAUCGAACGCCGACGCUAGUCCUUCACCUACUUUCGCGUUGUAUCUUCAAUUCAGUCAACAGUUCUGCAGAUCAUCGACCGUCAGUUUGCAAUCCACUUCCGUAAACUCUCCAGAUGAUUAUCACAUUUUUACUGAACUCAUCGGAUUGGAAGAAGAAGAGGAUGAAGAGAGCUAUAGGAUGAUACGGAAGAGAGAGAGGAGACAGUUGUAUCCACAUGACUACGCCGAGGAGUACUGCUCCACGACGGACUACGGCGAUCUCAUCGUCCAGCAGCGGUUGCAGAUGGUUCGUUGGAUCCUUGAGCAAGCUACGAGGAAGAAACUUCAGAAGGAGACGAUGUUCUUAAGUGUCAACCUCUUUGACCGAUUUCUAAGCAAAGGAUACUUCAAAACCAAAAGAUGCCUUCAAAUUGCUGGUGUAGCCUGCCUUACACUGGCAGUCAGGAUUGAAGAAAACCAGCCUUACAAUAGCAUCCGCCAGAAGACAUUCGUUAUUGCAGGCACUGCAUAUAGCUGUAGUGAAGUGGUGGCUAUGGAGUGGUUGGUGCAGGAGGUGCUAAACUUCCAGUGCUUGCUUCCAACGAUAUACAACUUCUUAUGGUUCUAUCUUAAGGCUGCUAGAGCUACCAAAUACAUGGAGAGGACUGCCAAGUACCUGGCAGUACUAGCUUUGCAGGGUCAUGAGCACUUGUGCUACAGACCAUCAACUGUAGCUUCUGCACUUGUGAUUCUCUCUUCAUCAGCUGAAAAUCUUUAUGACUCCUGCCAUUUGGUCACGGAGACUCAUGCGAGAGUAAAAGACGAGGAUUUACCUGAUUGCAUAAAGAGCUUGGAAUGGUUGGUGAAGUACAUUUGAUAUGAAGGUGGUCCAGCAUCUCAAAAAAUUUCUCCAUAUUUGGAGUAAAUCAGUUUUUUUUCAUCUCAUUCUUUGGCUAAAAUUUUUUCUUAAUCUUUUCCAAAAGUGUCAGGCAAUAACAUCAAGAUAUAGUCUUCUUAAGUUUGAGCAAGUUAGGCUUACUUCAUUCUUUUGUCCUUGUAACAAUACCAAAAGUACACUUCGUGUCUACUGUCCUUGCCGGAGAGUCCAUUACUCAAAUGAUCACUCAACUAUC